ACCAGCGAUGAUAGGGGUCGAGUUUUAUCAAUUUUCGUUAAAAAGAUUUCCGUGAACAAGGAUGGUCAUGAGAGAGGAAGAAAUCAUAGGAAAACAGGAAAGCCCUCUAGCUGCACCGCUUAUUUUACUUAUUGUCUUCGCAUUUCAGUACGUUUCGCGAUGGGUCCAGCAACGGAAGAUGAAAGGAUACAGGAGUGAUAAAGAAAUGCAAUUGCGGGGAGAAAUAAAACAAAUUUUGAAAGAGGCCAGCUCUUUGUCGCAGCCAUCAACAUUUGCACAAGCUGUGAAGCUGAGGAGGUUGGCAGCUGCUAAGGAGAAGGAAAUUGCAAAUCAUAAAGAAUUACAGUGCAGGGAGAUAAAAUCGUCUUAUGAUCUAUAUUUGAAAGUUUUGUCAAUUUCAAAGGUUGUUGUAUAUUUUGUGCUCAUUUGUUGGUUUUGGAGGACUCCCAUAGCUGCUGUUUCCCGGCCACUUGUGCAACCUUUUGGGAAAUUUUUAUCUUGGAGAACUGGAGGUGUUUCAAAUAACAAUGUUCUGGUUGGGAUUAUACCUUGGCUUAUAUUGUCCACCAGGGUUAGCAAAUAUGUUUGUGAACUCUUCAAGUAGAGUAAGGACUAGUAAUCUGCAUUUCUUGCAGACAGAAUAAUUCCGCAGCAAGUUUUUUUAUUUUGGGAUUUUCAUAACCUUUUUCUGUAUUAUUCUACAUUAUUUUCUUUUUGUUUUCCAGUCUAUAUGUAAAUUCAAUUUUGCAGUA